CACGUGAAAACGACACGACCACCGCGAAUUAGCCAUUGCGCCUCGUUUUUACCCAAAUGGCUUCUAAAAUCGCCGUGAUUGGCGAUGUGAAUGGCCAUUUCCCAGCCGUCCUGCAGAAGCUGGCGGCCCUUCACACCAAGCAGAACUUCGCCCUGGUCAUCAUUGCUGGAAAUCUCUUCGCUAGCCCCUCAGACUCAACCGAGCAAGACGAGAACAAUGUCCAGGAUCUCAUCAAUGGGAAAAUCGAAAUACCAGUUCCGACUUACUUCGCUCUCGGCAGCAAUGCCUUCCCCAAAGCAGUGGUCGAAAAGCUCACAUCCUCUGACGAUGAACUGUGUCACAACCUGCAUUUCCUCGGGAAGAGGACGACGAUGAAGACAUCAGAAGGAAUCCGCAUUGUGGCUCUUGGCGGCCAGCUCGAUCCCAACAUCAUCGCCGGACAGUCGCAGGACAAAUACCCGCCCUACUACAGCGACACAGAUGCGAAAGUUCUGCGUGGCGCUACUACCGCUGACAUCCUCGUGACCGGAGAAUGGCCGGAAGGCAUCCGCUCACGGUCAAAAAUUGCAUUUAAUGCUGACGCACCACCACGGGAACAACAAUGCAUUGCGGAUCUCGACGUGGUGUUAAAACCUCGCUACCACUUUUCCACCUCAGGUCCUGUCUACUACGAGCGUGAGCCCUUCUUCCAUCUUCCAAGCGAAGAAACCGACAAUCUCACACCCGUGACGCGCUUCAUCAGCCUCGCCCAAUAUGGCAACCCCAACAAGCAGAAAUGGAUAUAUGCCUUCUCCCUAGACCCCACCGCAAGCCACCCCAUUUCUCCCCCUUCAGGCUCCACCAUGAACCCACUCACCCACUCGGACAAGAAGCGCCCCGCACCCGACCACAGAGAGCAAGCUCUCGUGUACGACGACGGGCGCGGCGGGCGCCGGGGACACAAAAGGCGGAAGCACGAAGCACGAGGGCCGAUAGACGCGUCUCAAUGUUUCUUCUGUCUCUCAAACGAGAACAUUGCGACCCAUCUUGUCACAUCCAUCGGCGAGAGCGCGUAUAUGACGACGGCCAAGGGUCCUCUGUCGACUGCGCAGACCUUCCCGAAGCUGGGCUUCCCGUGCCAUCUGCUCAUCAUCCCGUUCAGCCACCAGCCGACGCUGGCAUCGAUGGAGGGAGAGGAGCGCCGCGCGACGUAUGCGGAGAUGCAGAAGUAUAGGGUGUCUAUGAACAGGAUGGUGAGUUCGAAAGGAGAAGGCGAGUACGGGUCUGUCACGUGGGAGGUCAGCAAGGCUGGCUUGCCGCAUACACAUUGGCAGUAUAUGCCUGUGUCCGCUGAUCUCAUUCAGAAGGGUCUUGUAGAAGCGGCGUUCAAGGCUCUGGCGGAGAACUACCAUUGGCCUUCGUUCACGAAGGAAGACGUAGGCGACGGGUUUGAAGAGACGAGCGACUUCUUCAGAGUUCUGAUCUGGGAUCCGAAGAAUGAUGCGGAGAAGCAGACGAGCUUGAUCCUUCGGUUCGACGAGAAGAUAAAGUUCCGCCUGCAGUUCGGACGAGAAGUGCUCGCGAAGCUGCUCCGUCUAGACCAGCGCGUCGACUGGAGAAACUGCGCACAGAUGCAACCUGAGGAAGAAAAAGAUGUGGAGAACUUCAAAAAUGCGUUCAAGGAGUUUGAUUUCACUGCAGACUAGGCUCGCUACGGAGCACGCGUGGAAAAAAGCUGUAUACACAAAAAAGGCUGGGAUUUAGGCAGCGCGGUUCCUACGUGCUGACGCAGAAGAAGGGUAUAACAACCGUCAUCAUAUGAAGUCCUCGAGAGGCACCAAGCCUGUUCAUCAUUGCAUGCCCUGCGUCUAGCAAGUGCCCAACAUGCUGGUGAGCGCGCUCUUCUCUGCGCUCGUGACAGUCAACUUGUAGACGCUCUUAACCUUGACCCACAUCUUAGCGUAGGUGCAGUAGUAGCUCG